UUAGGUAAAUUCAAACAGUGAAAAAUGGAAGAGGGAUCGAGGAAGGGAGAGUCUGAGAGUGCAAACAUGACUGUCAUCAAAUACAGCAGCACCGCAGAAAGUUCCAAUAACAGACUUAAUCAGAUCAAUCAAUGCACAACUCAGGAAGAUGAGUUCAAGUUUCCAUCAGAUGGAGAGAUGGCAAGGAACAUUUUGUGCCAUGUCGAUGAUCCCGAGUCUAAGGUGGAAAAUGUGUGUCUGUUGGAUAGCUUUAGUAAGAUGGAAUCUUUUAACACGUCAGAUGAAAAAGAAAAUAGAAAUUGCCCUACAGAUUCAAGAACAGGAUAUAGAGGUGAUCAUCAUGAUCUAAGUUGCCAGCAGACAGACACUUUGGCCUCUGCUUCUGGCUCACAGAGGGAAUGUGAAUCGUUUGCUGUGGCUGCACACCAUAUUGAUGAUGAGGAAAUAUUCAGGAGAGCAAGAGAGGAGGGACAAGUGACUGUUGUCUUCCCAGGGCGUAUCACACAGGAUGGUUGCUGUAGACUUGUUUGUGAGCUUCUUAAGUGUGUCCUUUACCAGAGGCAACAGCUGCCUAUGACGUAUGACCAAAUGGUGUUCCUCCAGAAACAACAGCAUAAUUCCACACAGACAGAAGACAUGGUGAACCAUCGGCCUGUGAAGACAUCAGGGGGCUUGGAUUGGCGCCGGUUCCAGCGGACGUUGCAGGAGCUGGACGAGGUGCUGGCCCACCUGGAGACACUGUUCUCUCUUAGCCAUGUUCCCCGUGUGCUCUUUAUGCUGGGGGGAUCUACCAUCCUCCCCAAUGAGCUGUAUGAGGUCAACUUGGAAGCAUUGGUUGUUGGGGCUGGGGAAAACAGUGUAAGGACUUCAUCUUGUCUAAGACAGCUUUUCCGCACGCUAAUUGUGGCCGACCUGCUGUCAGAUGCAAAGUCUGUUCGUCUCCUGAGCACCACAGUCAUGGCUCUGGGUCACCGGGAUUGUGGCGUGACUGGGUUUAAACCCAAAAUAGAUUUUAGGGUUCCCACAAAGGUGAAAAGGAAGGUCAUCUACUUAGGCAGUAAUUUGUCCCUCACUGGAGAGGCACACAAAUGUAACGGAGACCUGGAGGACUAUAUUUGGUUUCAGGCCCCUGUCACUGUCAAAGGUUUCUGUAAAUAAUAAACUGACCAGAAAAUUAAAUGUCAAAGAGAGGGAAUAAAGGGUGACAGUUUUCAGGGAAUGUUGUAAUACAAUUCACUCCAUUCUCAGGGAUCGCUGUAUUACUGCCCCAAAAGGAUAUGGGCUGUUUCAUUAUUAUUAUUAUUAUUAUUAUUAUGCUUAAUUCCAGAAUUCUGUGUGAAUUUUUGUGUUUUAAAAACCUCAGAUUAUUUAUGCAAAGUUUACAUUUACAUUAUCAUCAUAUGAUCCACCUUUAACCAGCUCUAUUUUACAGUGCUUUUCUAAUGUUUAACAACCUAAUGAGUUGCAGGUUUACUUCAAGUAGAAGUGACCCAGGACCUGAAAUGUUACUGUGAUGAUUAUGCUGCUCUUUUACCAUUUGCACCAUUGAGCAAGGUUAGGACAACAAACUCAAGUCAUUAUGAAUUAAAACUAUCUGCUGAAAGGCAGCUUCUUUAAACUGAUGAAUGUAUAUGUUAGUUUUUACCCAUUGAGAAAUUAAUGAAUUGUGUUUUUACAUUAAGUAAAUCAGUACUGUAUAUUUUUUUUAAAUGAAAUUAAUGCAAUUUAGCUUUUCACCUUCCAUUUGGUGCUACAUCUUUGUACUUCUUUAGUAUCUUGUUUUGUUAUCAUUUUAUUUCAAUUGACAUAUAAAAGAACAUUCAAUCUUGCCAGGGUUCAUUAAAUCUUGAUGAAAUGAUACAAACUGAUGACUGUAGCAUGGAUAUCCAAAUGAACAAUGUACCAUCAAAUAUUUUUCUUAAAAACUGAAGAUGUUACUUUCUGAAACUUCACAAAUAUGUUCUUGCCCUUCAAAGUGUCCUUACAGUUAAACUCCUUAUAAUUGUUUUCGAAAGCAACAUGCAACAAAUCUGCAAAAUUAUUGAUUCAGAACUUCUUGUAUUUUCAACCAGUUCAUUUAAAACCACAUCAUUCCUAAAUAGUAAACCUUGCUUUUCAAAGAAUUAACUUAAGAUUUUCUGUGCCAAUAUAGCAACCAAAGGGAAUAGCAAAAUAUACAUUGUUGGAUGGCUUUUUCGAACACUCCCUCUGUCUACCAUUGAAUGAACAAACAGAUAGUCCCACCCCAAACUUAUGCCACUGGUCGAGCCAAUGUUGCCAUGUCUGGCUGGACGGGCCACUCAAAGCAAAUAGGAUUUUUUGUAGCGCCGAAGAGACUCUGAAGCUAAUAAACUAAAUAGUUGCGCCACUUUUGCGAGUGGUAUUUCAGCGCAAAAACCUGUGUCUUAUUCAUGAUCAACCACUCCCAAUCAAGUUUAAGCAGGUGCAAUCAAAUUAAGUCAUUGUCAUUUAUUUCAACGCAACCACGCCUGUUUUCUCUGUAAAUAAGGCUUAUUAUAGACUGCGCUUUAUUCACAAAAAUGUACAUCGUGCUAAUAUUGCCAUAUGAAAGCAGGCGGUAAAAUUAUUUUUAUUUAAAAGAGAUGUUUGUGUACAUUUUCUACCGAUCAUAUCAGCAUAUUCAUCAAAUAAUGAUCAAAUGAAAACGACAUUAUAACCUGCCAUAUAUCCAGAUGCGCGGUGUAGUGAAGCACACUUUUGGCAUGUUAAAGAGAUAAUUCAGGUGUCUGGACCACAGUAGUGGAGUAAUGCUGUACAGUCCUGGCAGAGUGUUUCAGAUAAUGGUGGUCUGAUGCAUUCUUUGCUAUAAAGUGCUCAGAACUGGCUCGCAACAUCAGAAUUUCAUGUGCAAAUUGCAUUCGUCACAGAUUUUGUGGGCACACUUGCGCCAUUAUUUGAUCUGCAUAACUCCUUCAGCGAAUCAGGCGCUAAACCAGUGCAGACAGCGCAUGCAAUAACCAGCUAAUUUACUGGCUGCAAUUCAUUCUUUUCAAUACAUUUCUUUAAAAAAACAACAUGCCUAGGAUGGAAACAGGACAUAUUGACCCUUAUGAUUCUGAUAAUGUGUGUGAAUGCACCACAAAUCCUUAUGCUAUGUUUAGAAACUUGGCACCUCAGAGAAAGCUCUCUGAGUUCUCUUCUCAAGGCCUAUACACACAUCAGCAGAACCGUAAACAUCAUUUCUAACUCUACUACUAAAUGUUACUUUAACAUCUUAAGGGAUUAAUAUUCAACUUAACAUCUAAACAUUAAUACCAUAAAUGCAAUGUAAUUAGAACCAUAAUCAAUAAA